AUGAGCCAUGUGGAUGGGGAAAAAAGGAAAAGUAAUGGAGCCGAAGAAGAGUCGCUAGAUUUGUCGCAACAAUUCGACGAUGAGGAGACGAUUUACAAAGCCGAAGGGCUUGAGAAAUGGAUCAAUAAGCUGUUGUGUCGAGGGGAUUUGUCCAAUGAGGGAUUUCAAGCCAGACCAGUCGGGUUUCUGGACUUGGUAAGUGGUAAUACAGUGUGCUUGAAAAGUUAUGUGGAGCCAUAUAAAGGUGGUCAUAUAAGAAUAAAAAGUUUUGUUUUCCCAAAUCGCGAUAUUCGGUACACAGAAAGUCGACGCCGAAAUCGAAAAAUUGGCGUCGACUUAAAUUUCACGGCACCGAAUUCUGAAAUCCGGUGAAUUUUUCUAAUUUUUUCGAAAUCAGUGCAGUCAGCAUCGCACUUCGGAAUUCGGUGCUGAAAAAAUUAAGUCGACGCCAAUUUUUCGAUUUGGGCGUCGACUUUUUUGUAUACCGAAAAUCGCGAUUUGGGAAAACAAAAUUUUUAAUUCUUAUAUGACCACCCUUAUAUCAGUCUGUCGGCAAAAUAAUGGGAAAAAUUUUGCUGGGCCGAUCGUGUCGCUGAAGUGAAAAUAAAUUUGAUUUUGCAGCGACGCAAUUCAUUUUCUCGGCGGCAAUGUGAUUUGUGAUGCGUCAGAGUGCUCAUUAUUUUCCCGACAAACUCACAAUCCGCAAACAGCCCACUUUUUAAAAGGGUGUAUAUUAGGCAAAAAAUUUGUAACGACAUGGCUGAAAACGUUUGAAUCAACCUAAUAAAAACCUACAUAGGUAUUAAAAUGGUCAAAUAGUUAAGAGUUUUCCCACAAGUACAUAUCAGUCUGUCGGAAAGAUUAUGAGCACAAUGUCGCUGCGCCAACCAAAAUGUUCGAAAAACUUCACAUUUUAGUUCAAAUACGCCGACCGUUCGGAUCGAACGCUAAUCGCGAUAGGCAUGAUAACGGCCGUGAUCACUGGCAGCAUUCAGGCGCUGCCCUCCAUAAUGGCCGGGAAAUUAACAACGGCGUUGCUGGAGAGAGAUCAAGGGGUAGCUUCAUUGCUAAUUUCAUGUAUAUAAUACGUAUUUAGAGCAUUGACAAAGACGAGUUGUGGAGCAGAGGUCUGUUGAUGAUCAAGAUCAACAUUGGAAUAGGAAUCACAGUCCUCAUUACUUCCAUGACUUCGAAUUACACGCUCAAAUUAGCAGCCAGAAAUAUCACAUCGCAUUUGCGCAAUAAAUUUAUCAAAUCUGUCCUGCGGCAAGACGCUGGUUGGUUUGAUCGUCAACGGUUUGGAGCGUUGAAUACACAGCUCAAUGAGUAAGAAGAGCUGUACUUCACUCUUAAAUGAAUGGAAAAUAUUUUACAGCAACAUCUCGCGAGUCCACGAUGGCAUUGGCGACAAGAUCGGACUCCUAAUACGAUGUGUUUUUCAACUCUUGGUGUCGUUGAUUGUAUGCGUUUGUAUUGAUUGGAGAGUCACCGCCUCAAUGGUCGCUGCAGCGCCUGUUUCCUGCUUGAUCAUGUCUUUCAUGGCGAGGGUGAGAAUGAAGAUGUUUAUAAGUCUGUCGGGAAAAUAAUGAGCGCUCUGUCGCAUCGAAAAUCGCCGCCGGGAAAAUUAAUUGUGUCGGGGUGACAAUCAAAUUGCUUUUCACUUCAGCGACAAGAUUGGUACAGCGAAAUUGAGACAAACACUUUUUUGGCCAUAGCUUUGCCAAUUUAGUAGGGAAAAAUUGAUUUUUUCGUUGAAAUAUUACCCUCAACGGUAGCAAUAGCUAUAGUGGGGGACCUGAUCCAGUGGCAAAAAACGUACCAUUUUGCAUCCGGGAAGUAUCAAAAAUGUGGCAAAAUGCUUCCCUCUCCAAACGAAAAAACUUCGUUUUGAAGGGCGCGCCCUUUUUUCGUCGCAAAAAGAGGCGCUUUUGAAGUCGGAGUUUUUUCACUUGGAGAGGGAGGUAUUUUGCCACAUUUUUUGAUACUUCGCGUAUGCAAAAUGCUACGUUUUUUGCCACUGAAUCUGGUCCCCUGUAUAAAAAUUCUUCUGCCAAAAUUUUCAAAAAACUUUUGCAGUGCUGUCGCUCGCACCCUCACCUUUUUUACACUGUGAAAACGCCAAAAACGACUCCAGCGGUUUUACAAACAGCCUAGUAUCAGCAAAUCCAAAAAAAAUCUAAUUCUAGGUGAUCAGUCUGACCACCGCCAAGCAGCUUCCACUUCUCGACCAAUCCGGCACCAUUCUCCAAGAGGCCGUCAUGAAUGUAAAGACCGUCCAAUCGUGUAACGGCCAACAACAAAUGACGCAAAAAUACCAUGCCUCCUUACUCUCGGCGCGGAUUCAUGGGAUUUUGAUUGGUCUUUGGGAGGGCUUAUUUGAUGGCAUCUUCUACGUUGUGCUUUAUUUAUUCUUCGCGACCGCUCUUGUCUAUGGUGGAUAUCUCUACUACAUUGACGAGAUCGCCUCGGGCGAUGUGUUUAUCAUCACCACCACUCUGUUGUUUAGUAUUUAUUUUAUCGGCUAUAUUAGCCCGCAUUUCAUGGCCAUCUUCAAGGCCCGCGUUUCAGCGGCCGUCAUUUUUCGGCAAAUUGAAAGAGUACGGGAUUUUUCGAGUUUUUCGCUCAUUAGAAUGACUUUAGGUCCCGGAAAUCGACAGCUAUGAUGAUACUGGAGAAGAAAUCGUACGUCCAGAAGGUCACAUCAAAUUCGAAAAUGUGAGAUUUUCGUAUCCAAGCAGGAGAAAACGAGAAGUUUUGAAAGGCGUUACGUGGGAAGCACUGCCUUCGGAGACGGUGGCGCUGGUUGGACAUAGUGGGUGUGGAAAAAGCACGUCGGUAAGUCUUUUACUGUUGUAGCGAUGAGAGAUUGACAAGGCCUUGGAGCCGGCUCUUGGCUCCGGCUCUGAGCGGCUCUCCAUUCUCCGCGUUCAGAAAAGUAAACAUUUCGUUAUUUUGGAAAACCAGUUGCUUGAAAAGUACUGGGAAGAAUGUGUCGCGUGCUCUCAAGUGCGACGCUCAGAUUUUAAUGAAACUUGGCACAAAUUUAUUAGAAUAGUUUUUUAUAAGAAAUAUGCGAGACCGGCAGCUCGCGUUUUGCAGAAACAAUCGAGAUCUUUUGUCCGAAAGUUGGAGAAAAUGUGGCAUCUUUUCCGAGUUUUUGGCAUGAAAAAUUUCGUACUAAUUUCUACUGUAAAGACUAAUGUUUCAACAAAAAAUCAAUUUUUUCCGUACGAAACUAGCAAAGAUACGGCCAAAAAGUGUUUUUCCUUCUGACCGCUCUCCGCAUUUAGCGUGCUCUCUCGCUGGCAAAGAUUGUUGAAUAUCCCAACUGCUACUUCAAAGGGCGAGCUAAAAUUUCAGGAAAUUUAUAUUUGGUUUAUGCACAAUGCUUGUUCAAAAUUUAAACAAAAUCUGAGCGUCCAAAUUGAGAUGCCUCCCUUGUAAGCAAAAAAAAAUGUUCUUGCAAAAAAAAGUGGAAAACUAAAUCACUCUUGAACCUUCAGAUUUCCCUCAUAACCCGCCUCUACAACCCUUCUUCCGGCACAAUCGCAAUAGACGGAGUGGACAUCCGAAAACUCAAGAUCUCAUCGCUCCGUCGCCUGAUCGGCGUCGUCCAACAAGAGCCGGUCCUCUUCAACGGCAGCAUCUCCGAAAACAUCCGGCUUGGCGAUGAAACUAUCACCCAAGCCGAGGUCGAGAAGGCGUGCCGGAUGGCGAACGCUCAUGACUUUAUUCAAAAGCUAGGGCAUGGUUACAACACCAACAUCGGCAGUGGGGAAAUCCAGCUUUCCGGCGGGCAAAAGCAGCGAAUUGCGAUCGCCCGUGCCAUCGUCAACAACCCACCGAUCCUGCUGCUGGACGAGGCCACGUCGGCGUUGGAUGCGGAAAGCGAAAUUCAGGUGCAGCGGGCGCUGAAAGACGCGUCCCGUUGCCGCACCACCAUCGUCAUCGCGCAUCGGCUGUCGACGCUGCGGGAUGUGCAGAAAAUCAUUGUUUAUGAUGAGGGAAGGGUGGUGGAAGUGGGCUCACACGUGGAGUUGAGCGAAAGAGAAGGUGGGUUGUAUUCGUCGCUGGUGAAACAUCAGCAGUUUCAAAUUUGCGAUGAGAUUGAGAGCAAUGGAAGAAGAAGAAGCUUUGAAAGGCAGGAGUCAAGGAGAAAGUCGUCUUUGAAGAAUGGAAAAACAGCAAAGAUAUCAGUUAUAGAAGGUGAGCCGACUAUCAGUCGGUCGGGAAAAUAAUGUGGAUUUGUAGCGUCGUCUUGAAAUCGCCGAUUAUCGCUUUGCGACGGCUAGCCGCGACGGGAAAUUUGGUGCGCGACUGCGACAAAACGAGACAUUUUCCUGCGACAAAUCCACAUUAUUUUCCCGACAUACUGAUACCAUAAUAGUCACAUUAUUUGCCUGACAGCUCGCUUCUACAAAAAGCUGACGCACUUUUGAAAAAGCGUAGUAUCAGUCUGUCGGGAAAAUAAUGAGCAUAUUACCGCGUCGCUGAAGUAAAAAGUAAUAUGAUUUUGCCGCGACACAACUUAUUUUCUCAGCGGCGAUGCGAUUUUUGAUGCGACAGAGUGCUCAUUAUUUUCCCGACAAACUGAUACUACGCUUUUUCCAAAGUGCGUCAACUUUUUUUCGCGGUGCGCGUAUUAGUCUGUCUGGAAAAUAAUGUGGUUUCGUCGAGCUUUGAAAUCGUCCAUUAUCGCUUUGCGACGGCUACCUGGAGAUUUGGUUUGCGACAGCGGCGAGACAAGAAAUUUUACUGCGACAAAUCCACAUUAUUUUCCCGACAGACUGAUUAUAUUUUACUUCAUACAAAGAGACUUUUUUCAGCCUCACCGCCGGCAGACCUCGAAUACACCGACCAAUCGCCUCAAUACGGCCUUCUAACGCUCGCCAAAAACUGUGAAGGAGAGUAUCCAAAGCUCAUUUCCGGCUUAAUCUUCACCAUGCUGCGAGGUCUCGAGCUGAUUCUCUAUGUUUUCGCUUUGAACAUGCUCUUCAACAUCUUCCGGAAAAAGAACGCGGAAUGGGCGGAGUAUUCGGCCGGUCUGCAACAAGUUGGCUUCUAUACUUUGUCCGUGGGGGUGUUCUCGUUCACCACGAUCACGCUGGGCGUAUCACUGCUCAAUUGGGGAGGCGAGAACGUCGUAAUCAAGUUGAAAGUCCGGGCUUUGAAGAGCAUCCUGUCGCAAGGCGCCGCCUACUUUGAUCGGCCUCAAACUUCGUCGCCAAAACUGGUCCAACGCAUCACUUCGGACAGCCUCAACUGUAAGGCGGCGCUAGACCGGCGCUUCUACAAUGUGGUGCACAACACAUUGUGCACUGUGAUUCAACUCGCCCUGACUUUGGUGACGUCCUGGCAAAUUGUUUUGGCCGGGAGUUCGGUGUACGCGGUGGUGCUAACCAUCUCCGCGGCUAUGGGACGGAUCACUCAGCAAGCGCUGAGAAGGAUUCAAAAGUUCGAUGAUAGCCCGAAAUUGGCUGUGGAGAUAGUCGAAAACACACGAACAAUACAGUUGCUGGGCAGGGAGGAGUAUUUCGCGGAGAAGUAUCGAAGAAGCCUUGAGGUCUUGGAAAAGGAAGAGAAAAGGGUAGGAAAUAGAAUUACCAUAACAGUGGCGGACCUGAUCCAUUGGCCAAAAACGUACCAUUUUGCAUCCGGGAAGUAUCAAAAAUGUAGCAAAGUGCUUCCCUCUCCAGGUACUCCGAUUUCAAAAGCGCGCCCAGUCUUUUUGUGAGAGGAAGGGCGCGCAGUUCAAAACGGAGUUUUUUUAUUUAGUUAGAGAAGGAAGCAUUUUGCCACAUUUCUGAUACUUCCCGGAUGCAAAGUGAUACGUUUUUUGCCACUGGAUCAGGUCCCUCACUGUAUAUCAGUUUGUCGGGAAAAUAGUGAGCCUUUUAGAACAUUUAUUUUGAACUGUGUGGUCGGCGGGCACUCUGAGCUUUCCCUUGUCGCCGUUUGAAGAUUCGCGACAAGGUUUAUGCACGUUGGUUUCAAAAUUGGAACAAAAAAUAUUUCAAGAUUGGUACAACGACACCCGUCUAAUAGUGAUCGGGAAAAUAAUGAGCACUCUGUCGCAUCGAAAACCGUAUCGUCGCCGAGGAAAUGAAUUGUGUCGCGGUAAAUUCAAAUUGCUUUUCACUUCAGCGACGCGAUUGGCGCAGCAACAUUGUGCUCAUUACUUUCGCGUCGCUGAAGUAAAAAAACAUUUGAUUUUGCCGCAACAAAAUUCAUUUUCUCGGCGUAACGCUAUUUUCAAUGCGACAGAGUGCUCAUUAUUUUCCCGACAGACUGAUAGACGGGUCUCGUUGUACCAAUCUGGAAACCAAUCUUCAAACGGCGACAAGGGAAAGCUCAGAGUGCCCGCCAACCACACGCAGUUGAAAAUAAAAGACCUGGAAGGCUCACUACUUUUCCGACAGACUGAUGAUUUUCGACGCAACAGUGUACUCACCAUUUUCCCGACAAACUGCUAGUACCGCUGAUGCGCUUAACUCCAAUUUCAGAUAGUCCUAGCCGACUCUAUUCUCUUUUGCGUUGCCCAAUCUAGCGUCUACAUCAACGAUGUGGCAUGUUAUACAGUCGGAUUUUUGAUGAUCUACCAUUGGGACGUCAACAUAGCAAAUGUAUUUUUGUAAGCUCAGAUGUCCCAACCGACAAGGUAAUUCAAUUUCAGAGCCUGCACGACCAUGUCAACGCUGACCUGGUCGAUUCUCUUCGUCUCAACGCCGUUGGUCGAGAUUCUGCAUGCCAUUCCAUCCUCAAACUCACUGUUCUCCAUAAUCUACGAAGAGCCGGCUAUAAACUCCAACGAGGCUAAUGGAAAAUCGCCGAAAGUUGUGGGGAAUAUCGCAGCGGAGAAGGUCGUCUUCUCAUAUCCAACCCGCCCCGAGGUUACCGUAACCAACGGACUGAGUGUCAACGCUUCGGCAGGCGAGACCAUCGCGUUGGUGGGGCCAAGUGGCGGUGGGAAAAGCACAAUUAUCAAUCUUUUACAACGAUUCUACGAGCCAAACAGCGGCGAAAUUACUGUAGACAGCACCGAGAUCAGGACUUUUCAACUGCACUACCUUCGCUCGCAAAUGGCGCUCGUGGGACAAGAGCCGGUGCUAUUUUCGGGCACUAUCUAUGAGAACGCGACAUUGGGAAUCGAAAAUGCUGACAAAGAAGAGGUCAUGGAGGCAUUCCGGCUAGCCAACGCCAAGAAAUUCAUCGAAAACCUCCCCGAAGGCUAUGACACUGAAGUCGGCGAGAAGGGCGCUCAAUUGUCCGGAGGGCAGAAGCAACGCGUCGCCAUUGCCAGAGCUUUGGUCCGACGGCCCAAAAUCCUGCUGCUGGACGAAGCCACGUCCGCACUGGAUGCGGAAAGUGAGCGCGCCGUGCAGCAGGCGCUGGACACGGCGGCCAGCGGCCGAACCUGCAUCACCAUCGCGCAUCGACUCUCGUCGAUUCAGCAUGCGGACAGGAUCUAUUUUAUCGCCAAUGGAAAAGUCGUGGAGGUCGGAAGUCAUACGGAACUGAUGAAUGCCAACGGAUGUUAUGCGGAUAUGAUACGAAAACAGGAUCUGCAGAGUUAA